AUGGGCAACUACGUUUCAUGCGCUCUAAGCAAAACGACAUCGUCUGUGUCAUCACCAUCACCAGCGGCGGCGAAAGUGAUUCUCCCCGACUGUAGAGUGCGUGACAUCCACGCUCCGACGAAAGCAGCCGAGCUCAUGAUGGAGAUGCCAAGCCAUUUCCUGGUCGACGCCAAAUCGUUAAAGAUCGGCCGGAAAUUCACCCCACUCGCCGCCGACGAUGACAUCGACCUCGGAGGAUGCCAUGUUUACGUCGCAUUCCCGAUGACGCGUGUCGCUUCCGCAGCCAACGCCUCCGAUAUGGCUCGGCUCUUCCUCGCCGGCAAGAAACGCGCCAAAAGCUGUGACAAUAGGAGAGUGUCUCCGGAGGAGGAGGAAGACGAUGAUGACGUAAGGCUGAUGUCCUCGGGAGCGAAGCUACUGAACCUGGAAGACAUUGAAGAUUUCUCGGCGGCGGAGUUUAUUCAUCGGAUCUCUGUUUCUAAAUCCAAGAAGCCUCAGCUGGAGACCAUUGUUGAAGAAAAUGUGUCGUAA